AUGCCCUGCUUCAAAGGCCUUGCGGUCAGCAUCCACACUCCUGACGGGCCCAUUCCUGAGCACUCGGUCCAGAAGCAGUCGCGCCAGUCGCGCAUAUCCACCUACAUACCCGUUCCUCCAGCCAAGGUCCCAGCUGGCUCCACCACGGGCAUACCGGAGCAGUCCACCUUCGCCAUAUCCAUCACUUUACUCACGCCCGGCCUGAGCGUCCCGUACUCCACACCAAAACCCACAGCAGACGACCCAUACCCGCACCCACGCGCGGUGGGCGGUCUCCCUGGCUAUUCGAGCGAGCGGGGUCAGACUGGCCCCUCUGUACCACCCUACAUUCCUCGAACCACCAACCCAAAUGAAACCAUAGCAGCAUACAUCUACUUCGAUGGCCGAGCAAAGGAGGAAGUCGCAACGCUGUUACGGCGAGGUGAAGAGACAUGGGUCAACUCUCGGUGGGUGAGCGUACAAGGCGGCGGUCUGGCUGAGCGCGAGUUUCUCUUCAGAGAAGUCGGCUUGGAGCGGUGGCUGAAUGGCCUAGAUUUGGAGGGCAGCAACAAAGAGAAGCAACAGCGGAUAGAGCGGCGACAGAGACGUCUCGAGAAGAAGCAGCGCAUCAAGAAGGAGGAGAUGGACAGUGACGAUGAGAAAGAGCAUACCAGAUUCAAGCGUGUGGACAGGAAUGGUGUCCUGCGGUACGGUGGAGAAGGCAGCUCUCCAGUUGAGGACAUAGCCGACGACAGUGGCCUCCUAUCGUCUGCUUCGGACUCUGAAGACGAGCCACCGCAACCAGAGGCUGCUGGUCAAAUAAAGGUCGCUCUGUUCCGCGUCCUGGCUAGCGGCGAGAUCAAGAGAGGAGAGUACUCGCCUCAGUUUGACGCACAAGACGAUGACGACGGAAUGGAGAACGGCAAUGGUGACGGCGGCGAUGGCGACAUCGACCACACCACGAGCUUCGCGAAACCCAAGAGUUUAGAUCCCAAGACGAUCAGCACGCAAACCGUGACAGGUUUAGAUCCACCAGAAUCUCCUUACGCUGUUUUCACAUUCUUCUACCGCGGGGAGAAGCAACUACGGAAAAUGGGCAUACUCGAGCCAGACAAGCAGAAGACGCCUAUUGCAGCCAAGCGGAAGUCGAGUGGGCCGGACUUCUCCAAGUUUGGGCCAUUGAAGUCGACAGGUACUGUUGGUUUCUCUGGCUAUCGAGACCCCUCGAACGCCAAGCGCAAGAACAAGGGAGAGGACAAGGAUGCAGAUGCUAUGGACAGUGAUGCCGAUGAUGAAGACGAGGAGCGGUUACCUCAGGGAUCAGAUGUGGACAUCAAGCAUGAGAACGGUAACAGCCUUCUGUCACCAGAAGACGCCAAGCGCACCGGCGAGCUCUCAGAGGGUGUGCAGAAGAUCAAGCUCAAGCGACAGCAUUCUGCAGACCCCGUCGGCGACGCCGCCGCCACUCGAAAGUCACCACAUCUCAAGUCUGAGGAGACAGACAUCGGCACUCCACAAUCGGUCAACUCCACCAGCGCGAAUGCAGGCACUCCACCCGAUAGCCUGUCACCCGCCCAGAUCGACGCCGGCGAUGUUGUCAGCAGUCCAUUCAAGCGCCACAGAUCAAGCAUGCCAGGUCUCGCCGGCGGCGUCUUUGGCUCCAACACCAACGACGCUUUCCUACCAUCCACCUCAUUCUCCAACACGAUCAAAGCAGAAGACGCAUCCCAACAGCGAGCGGCAUCCACGCCAGAGGUCAAGCUCGAGGAGGCCCAUCAAGCACCACCACAGCAGACGACGACGAUGACGAAGCAGGCGGAUUCCGACGAGGAACUCUAG